AUGAGUGAUCUGCAAAGACAGCUUGGUCGUUACGACCUGCGGCAUCUUGCUUGGCACCGAAAUCCUGCCUUCGCGCGGAGAAUGCGCUCUUGGCAGCUGGCCGAGAACGUCACGUGGUUGGAUGUGCUUGCAGAGACUCUGGGCGUCGACGUGGUGCUAGUUGCAUGGUGGCGACACACGGCCAACCUCAAAGCCCUGGCAGGAUACCUGAGCUGGGCAGCCUAUGAUCGGUCGCAAGCACAGGGCCAGGCCAAUUGA